UUCUUCAAGACGUGCUUCCAACCUCCGCACCUUCUGCACGCUCUAUGCAGCGAUGUGAGUCGGGACCCACGCCCAGAAAACAUGUCCGAGCGCGGUGAAGAUGCACCCAGACGCCGCGACCGGACCUAGCAACAGCUCGGACCAGGCGGAGAUUAACUCACUGCUCGCAGACCAAAAAUGGGUCCUUUUGUUCUUCCCACCUUUCCUCCUCUUCCUCGGCAUCACGGGAAAUAUGUUGACUUUACUCAUCCUGCGCUCCAAGAGUCUCAGGCAUAAUUUUGUGGCUCAGUUUCUCUCGUAUUUAGCUAUUUGUAACCUGCUCAACCUGUUCGUCGGAUUAACCCGGUUGUGGAUUAUCGGACUGGUCGACGCCGAUAUACGACUUUUAUCGAGUUUGGCGUGUCAAGUGCAUCUCGCUUUCUCCAUCAUCUUUCAUGUAAUCGCCAACUGGACCAUGGUCUGUGUCACAGCCUGCAAACUGCUCUUCGUCUCCAACCCAAUUAGAGCCAAUGGCAUAUGUACCAAGGCAGCCAUCCACACGAUCAUGUUCACCUUGAUCACAUUCUUCACCAUAUUCGAAGUGCUGACUUCCAGUAACCAGUACACCAUGGUCAAACUGGGAAAUGGUCGCCUCAAGUACUGCGGGAUCAACCAUGGCGGUCACGUGCAUUUGAUACAGGUCACCAUGUUCUACUUCAUUCCUGGCAUCCUCAUCCUCAUCUUCAACGUUUGUAUCAUCAUUACAGUCAAUCGAAAACCGGACACCAUUGACGACUCGGCCAUUGCUAGGAAGAAAGAAAGAAUCAUGCACCUGCUGGCGUACAUCCUGUUUGUGUGUGACGUCCAGAUCCUGAUCCUGGAGCUGCCGUACGCCAUCCAGUACGCGCUGGGGGAGAGGCUCUUCGACAACACGGAUCUCGGCAGGACGAAAUACACAGUUUUUUACAACGUGUCCGCCAUAUUGGUGUACACGAACUACUCCGUCAACUUUGUCAUCUACUGUUUCUUCGGAGACCACUUCCGGGCCGAGCUGCGGAGAAUUUUCCGGCCGUGUUUGAAAGUCUGUUGCAAAAAUGACAGUCGUUGGGUGGAGUCGACGUUAGAGAUUUCCUAUAGUCAGUCUGCAAGUGCUGAGAACGUGACGGCCUCCGUCCCGAGGAUAUCCUUCAUGAACAUCUUCGACAAUCCCCUCCACGAUAGAAGGUACUCUUCAGAACGGACCUUCACCCACGGCAAGCCUGACCACAGAAGGCUCAGCACUAUCUCUAGCAUUGACGAAUCGUCACCGGUUUAAUGCGUUGUUGUUGUUUAUUUUAUUUUUAUUUCUUUUGCUUGACGUUUGAUAUAUCUGUAGUAAAUGAAUGAUC